AUGUACAUAAAUAUAGUUCGAGCCUGCCCAUCUACAACCAGCGAGUACAGCGAGUACAUCCUUGAGUGGGCCGCAGAGCAUCGAUCUCCAGUCAAGAUCGUGGUAAGUCAGCCUCGACGCUUAGCAGCUAUCAGUGUCUCGGAGCGCAUUUCCAAGGAGCGCGGAGAGGCGCCUGGCACCACAGUGGGCUAUCAGAUUCGCAUGAAUAGACAAUGCAGCAGCAAUACGGUUCUAAUGCUGACCACCAGUGGUUGCCUUUUGAGGGCUCUCGCCAUGGAUAAGGAGUCUUUCUUCAAAAACACCACCCACUUAAUCAUUGACGAAGCCCACGAGCGUGAUUUGGACACAGACUUCCUGCUGCUGGCCACCAAGCUGGAGCUGCAAAAGAAUCCGCACCUCCGCCUCGUGCUUAUGUCGGCCACUAUGGAUCUUGAAGCAUUGUCCAACUAUUUUGGUGGGGCACCGUGA